AUGGUGGUAUUAAAAAUAAACGAGUUUGGGAGUGAAAAAGUUGCAAAUAGCUUCAUAAAAACCAUUUCGGAAAAUACAGAUUUAAUUCAACCAAUUAUACAUGAAAUAUUAUCAUUAAUAGCAAUAAGACCUGAUACGAUCCAACCAUUUAUAUCUGUUUUUAAGCUAAUGUUUCAAGAUUUGGAAGAUGACAGCCCAAUUACGACAUUUAGGAAAAAUUUGUUCUCUGCCUGCUUCAAAUCAGCACCAUCUUAUCGUAAAAAGAUUCCACAUUUUAAUUUCCUACGUGAAAUGAUGAAAGCUGAUAUAUUUUCCAUUAAAGAUAUCGGAAAUAAAAUUGCAAAAUUCCCAUCUAGCCAAGGAAACACAUAUUUCUCUCUACUUUUAUACUUUGCACCUGAACUAUCUGCUCAUAGAAAGACUACAUACUCGAAUUGCCUCGAAAAAUUAAGUCAAUGUUCAAAUAUCGAGUCAUCUUUGCAAAAUCUCGGAAACUCAUAUGCAAAACUAGUGCAAGAUAAGUUCUUACUCCUCACCGAUUUGAUAAACUCUGGUUCAGGACCUUCUCAGUUAAGUGAAGCGAUUUUCAAAGAUAAAUCCAUCUAUUUAGAACAAAUUAUAGAUACUACAGAAAAAGGUGAUAAGCCUAUCAACAAAUUACCUAUAGAAAUCAACGAAUUUCUCACAAAAAAUCCUUAUAUAAUUGAAUAUGCCGCUUAUUUCGGAGCCGUUGAGUGCAUUGACUAUCUUCUUUCGCUUGGAGUACCUCCAAACCAAGCAACAAAGUACGCAGUGGCCGCUGGAAGGCUGGAUGUUUUGGAACAUUUAAUUGGAAGAAGCUGUUCAGCGGAUAAGGUUGUUGCUACGGCCUUGGCAACGUAUAGAUUUGACUUAUUACCAAAGCUUAAGGAGAUCUUUGGCGAAGAAAUCUUUCAUAUUCAACUUGAAUGCGCAUUAUAUAAAUUUACUCGGAAAGGUAAUUAUAUUGCCAUGAUGUAUAUAUUAUCACUUGGUGUUGAUAUUAAUGUUUAUGAUGUCGCACAUUGUACUCCUGUAAUUUAUGCAGCAAAUGAAGGAAAUCUGACAACUGUUAAAUUCUUGCAGGAACUGGGUGCGAAUAUGCUCCUUGCUGAUAUAACAGAUUGGAACCCUUUGCAUUUCGCUGCAAGAGGAGGAUUUAUUGAAAUUUUCCAAUUUUUAUUGACUCUUCCUGGUUUUAACAUCAAUAUGAAGACAGGAUGUGGCGAUACUCCGUUACUUAUUGCUGCCGAAAAUGAAAAAUAUGACCUUGUUUACUUCCUUUUGGAGCAGGAAGAAAUUGAUUUGGAUUCUAAGAACAUUAAAGGCCAAGAAUACAUAGAUUUGAUCAAGGAUCCUGAAGCUAAGGCUAAAAUCGAUCAAAUCAUUAAGAAGAAACAUGAAUUCGUUUUGAAUUAA